ACAAACUCCAAACGAGAUAUUUACCAAAAUAUGGUCAAAGCGGAAAUGGACCAACCAAAGUCAACUUUUUUUGAAAGUGAAAAGUCCUCCGACUAUUUGCUAUUCUCUGAUGAACGGACUGUAGAGGACCGUAUGAUAGGUCAAAUGGAGAUGGAGGAGGAUAUUGACCGAAAUGAAGACUUAGUAGAUAGCAGUAUGAAAACGGAUUCGACAGAACUAUCAGUGUUCUUCAGAGAAGACCUUGAAACCCGGAACAAACAUACGGAUUACAAAGAAAAGAAAGCAUACAGUACAUUCAAGCAUUAUGCUGAAGAGCACGAAGGUGUGCGCGAUUUUGCUGAAGAGGAUGAGGAAACAAUAGCAACAUUUGUGACUGCUGCUGGACAGCAACUUGCUCUGUAUGCUGUGGAAGAUUCAGAUGAUGUUUUUGCAGUAGCUGUCUAUGAUGAAUCUGGAGAACCGCCUACAAAUUUUCAAUUUCUUAUGAAAUCUGAUGUAGAAAGACUCAUAGGAGAAGGUGCAGUGAGAACAGUGAAGAAACCGAGUCAAAUCAAAAAGCAGCUACUUACUACCCAGCCACCUAUGUUUGCAUCUAAGCGAAAGCGAGCUCUGAAUAAUGCUAGAUUUGAUCUAAGCGUGAAGUCUCACCACCAGAAAACUAUACAAUCAAGUUGGGAUGGUAAUCCAUCGAGCAAUGAAAAUUACCGUCGACCAAUACUGAAUUCGAAUUCUCGUAAAAUGGCAGAUUAUCCUCAGUCUAAGCAAUCAAAAAAUCUUACAUAUAUGAUGACGAAUGACACGACAAUAGAUGUUGCAGGACCAUUGGAGAGCAGUCAAGAUUCUCUUGGAAGCGAGAGUGAACUAGUUGAACAAUCGACAGUGCAAUAUAUUCUUCUAGACGGUGAUCAGUCUGACUCCGAAUUAACUUUUGAUGAGAUUCAAGCGACACUACAAAGUUUGCAAUUUUCCACAAACAAAUCGACCGUAAAAAAAAAGGCGAAUGCCGAAAAAGGUUUGCACCAACAAACUGAAACAACCCAGACUCUACAGAACUCGUCACCUGAAACGCUUGAAGAAAAAACUAAAAUCGAUGUAACUCGCGACUCUCCAAAUAAUACCACGAAUGAUGUUCCCUCUAAAGUAACGGAAAUUGAAACCGAUAAAAUUAAAAAUUCGACUUGUCCUGAACAAAGUGACUUAAUUGGGACACCAUCAACUGAAACUUGUAGCCCCCAAGACCAUAGAUCUUGUUUGAAAGAAAAUCCUACCGCUAAAUCGACAAAAGAUUCAUCUCUUGAUUCGAAAAAAAAACCGAACAAGAUCGAAUCCAAACACCAUCCGGUGAAUAUAUUAAGACGAAGCAUAUCUGAUGGAUGCACUGAAGUGCGUCCUCAAAUCAAAAGAUCGAGAAAACAACAACUCACUUCGGUAAACCGUGGGGAUUCUGAAAUAAUUAUUCAGCCAGCUGUAAUUGGAGAAGAAGAAGAUAAUAACAAAAAGCGAGGACGGCGUAAAAAAAAACCUGCACCAGACCCUGAUUACAACCCCCGGCCAGUCAGAUCCAAAAAAUCAAAGAAAUCUAUGAAGAACCAGAAAGUCGAAAUUAUUGAAAUCGACGUAGAUGAAGAGCAAAGUCUGCCACAGGAAAAAUCAGAUGUAAUUGAAAUCACACUUGAUGAUAAUAAGGAAAAAGGUUCGAGUGAUAAAGAAAACGAUGUCAUAAUGCUCGGAGAUUCUGAUGAUGAAUUUCAAGAAAUUCCAGUAAAACCAAUGCCACCCGCUAUGCAGUGUAAACAUUGUUUAAGGAAUUUCAGACAAAAGAGAGCAUUAGAUACACAUUCUAGAGUGUGUCCGAAAUUUCGGAAGAAAAUGGAAAAAGCGAAUGUUGGAAUGCUUGCAACAGCAUCGGAUGCUUCAGAUAAAGAUGAAUCAGACAGCGAUAGAGCUGUCAGAAAACAAUUCUCGUGCAAAGUAUGCGAUAAAAAGUUCAACGCUGUAGUCGAGUUAGCAAGGCAUGCACGAAUGGAACACCCCAAAACAUCUCGCAAUAAGUCUACAAGUAAAUCUAGUAGUGUAGAAGAUAGAUCACUGGAGAAAAAAAUAGAAGCGGCAAAGGAGCUCAUGAAUCAAAGAAGAGUCACUCGUAUAAAUCAAAAGAAGAAAGGUCAGAGUUCGAGCCAAUCAUGGAAAAAAACACCAAAACUAAAUUGUGACGACUGCGGCCGUUGGUUCCCUAGCAGAGCUAUACUCGCUGCUCAUUGUUUGCAACAUGCUACAAAGAAUCCUGAAAAGCAAAUUCGCCAAUGCCAAACGUGCAAAAAAUUAAUAAAAACUCGUUCACUCUUCCUGCAACAUAUGAAGACACACAGUAUAACAACGAGAAAUACAAAACCGCCAACAACCGUCAUCCACAAACAGUUGCGCCAGACGAGGCAAGUCACGAACAAAAUGACAGUGAAAAAACGAGGCCGACCCCGAAAACUUUGAUUCACAUUUUAGUUUUUUCAACAACUUCACAGAGAUUAGAAAAUAGGUAUGUGUUUUUGAAAUAAAAGACAUGUUACACUACAUCCAAAUGCUGACAUAAAUAUUCUGAAAUCACGGUUUGGUUGAAUAUAAUUUUUAUGCAUAAGAAUGGACGUAUGUACAAAAUAUAUUAUAGGCAUCGUAAUUUAUAAAUUCGAAUUACUCGAUUACCAAUAAAGUGAUGGGACAUAGUUGUACGGCAAGCUGUUGAAAUUCUUGUUAUGUACAUUGUAACUUGAAGCAUUUUUUGCUAGCUCUCGGUAUAGGUGCCCGGGUAUGUCAAAAUAGUUUACAUCACACAGUCUGGUGCAUUUCCGUACCGAUACCAGAGGAUCACAAGAAAAGCCUCAAGUACUCAUGUAUAAUGUAUAGUAUAUGACGCUAGCUCCUGGUAAUUUUAUUCAGCACCCUAGUUCUAUUAUCUAUAAAUAACGCAAUUCGGUUUCCAUUAUCUCAUUUCUACAUCAACCCAGGGGGGUCAUAGUUUAUUGCGAAACUAAGAUUUUCUUCUGUACGGAACGUAUCUAUUUCACAUUUCAUCCGAACAUUGCGAAUCUUAAAACGUGCAAUACACAUGAAAAAGCAUAGAAAAAAUAUUUUAGCAUUGUUGACUAUAUCUAGUCACGUCACUAUGGUUUCAGUUUGUUAAAAAUUAUAAACUUCAAUAUGAGCGUGACGUCAUUAACAGUGACAUUCAUUUAAUUUAAUUAUUAAUAAUAUCAUCACGAUAUACAGCAAAUAUUGUAGCCCUUCAUUAUCAUUAGUCUUGGCAAGCACAUUAUUAUACACGAUUGAUUCUAACGGAUUCGAUGUAUUUUUUGAAUCUAAAACUUUUUGGGAAGAAACCGGGCUUAUUCAAAAGUUGCUUCGGGUAUAUACCAUGUGUACAUCGUGCAAUGACACAUACCCUUUAUAUUCAUUUUAGUUGCUUACAUGGGUUCCUAACAGUGUUUCGAAUAACUCUAAUCUAAUAUCAAUUUUCUUGAGAUGAAGCAAAAAAAAAAACAUAUACCAUAUGUAUUACAUAUGCAUAUCCUGGUUGCGGCAAUAGAGAUUCACUCUUUAAUUUUAAAUAUACAUGCUUUUUUCAUCUGAGAUCAAUGGAACCUACGUGAUCAUGGCCCUGGGUGAAGAAGAGCAUCUAGUGGGCUAUAGCAUUCUAACUCCAGAGCACUCGUCACAGAUACUUGAAGAAAUUCAUGUAAGCAGCUAUGAUGUACAUAUGCAUGCACAAUACGUAUUUGAAGUACCUUCUUAAUAGGCCCGAUUGUUUUCUAGCAAAAAUUCCCAAAAUCUACUCGAAAAAAUACAAAAAAUAUAGGGGUUUCCUCUUUAAAAAGUUGUCCCGUUGCCAAUUACUGUAUGAAAUAGGGCAUGUAACUUACAGCAUUUGCUAUACAUUCGGAACAACCGUAUGAUUGAUGUGUGUAUUUUUAUCUACUUCGAGUGAUAUCUGAAAGUUAGUUAUGUAUUUCUAGCCGCACAAAAAAAUAAUUUAGGAUGCAGACGUCUUAAAUGUACAUUCUAAUUUAACGUCACAAUAUUUCUUUAACGAAGUUUGUAUCUAUACACAUUGUAAAUAGCUCCCUUUUGCAUAGUAUCAGAUCAUAUGACUUCAAAUUAUUUUCGGUGUUAUCGAGUAAAACUAAGAUUGAUACUGUGUUAAAACCCGUGAAUUUCGAUGACAUAUUUAACAAAUAUAAAGAAUGAAUAAAAGCAGUACAGUAUGUAGAUCAUGUAACUGUAAAGUUGCAUAGCAAAAUUAAUUAGGUAUAACUUGUAAAUGAUGCUAUUAUUUUGAUACGAUCACGUGUAUAUAAGUAUUCCGUAUAUACAGACGCAUACAAAUGCGCACUAAGUAUAUUAAUAAAGCUUGACUUACCGAAUUCUUUAAAUAACUCCAUUAAAAUACCUUAGAACUCAUGAAAAUACGUACUUCGAUUAUGAAAAUCGACUUGUAAGACAUUCUAAUACGUCGACGUUGCCUUGAACUCAGAUCAUUGUGUUUGAUUGAUACUUAUCUCACUUAUUCUGAGUUUAACUACAUAAUUGAUCGUUUCAACAGAGGAUAUAAAAUAAUGAUUUAAUUGAUAUGAAGCAUCUUUGAAAUAUAGAACUUUCUGUAAACGCAAUAUGUAAUAACCAACAUGUAUACUUGUUUUGCAAAAUUGAGUAUUGAUUACAUCAGAGUAGUGAUUAUGAAAUAAAAAAUAAAUAAAUACAUAGAUA